CCGGAGCCGAAGCAAAGCCAACGUGCUGGUUGCAGGAUUGCAGUUCAGCGCGAAACUGGCGGAAACUGUGGUAAAAUGCCUCGCUUUUUGAAACACAGCAAAGUGUUUGACGACUCCAAGGGUCGCUUUUUUCUCGUUCUGUUAACGGAGGAAGGUGACGCGAGGCUGUCCAAGCUGAAACUGUUCAUUACGGAUGGUAACGGCGUUUGGAAAGCGACGACAAGCUUCGAGGAGUCUUGCGGAUCGCUGAAUUCCCGUCGCGAAGAAAACGUGAAGCAUUUAAUAAGGCGCGUCGGCAACUGCAGACUCGAAUCUUGCGACGACGCGGAUGAACUGUCAGUCACGCUCGUGCCUCCCGGGAAGACCUACGAGCUCAAGUUUAAGAAAGCCACCGGUAUGAGUGCUGCGAUAGAACGUCUGGACCUUCUAGUAGCCGUAGCCGACGCCGGAGAUCUCAAAACGCUGGUGGAUUCUGUCGAUAAUGAUGCAAUGUUGUUCGCUCCAGCUAAAAGGAGCAAGUCUCGCAAGGAAGCUGCGCCGGUGGAGAAGGAAGGCAUGAGCCUGUUAAACCCCAGAAGUAGGAAAAUCCCGACCAAGAGGGGUAUCGAUUUUGACUGACUGAUACAAAAGUGUAAAAACUGUGUGUAUAUUUUAGCUCAUUGGUUGAGAGGGGGGGUCCUUAAGCGCAUGAUUAUUUUACUUGCGUGCUCUUAAUUGGUCACAUAUAGCAUGCUGCGUCGCCGAUUAUAUGCCAGUUCUAUGACCAUAUGUCACCCACGGCUCUAUUGCGUGUUCAAUUUCACUUACCGUUGCUUAAAGGUGAGUUGAGUUGAGGUGAGCCACUGCGUGUAUUGGAAGAAAAAUGUUUUGCUGGUUGGUGCUUGUUUACGGGAACAAUGCAAUGAGGAUGCACACGAGAUUCGAGUGAACUUCUGAGAACAUGACGGGCACAUUACACCUAAAAUAUGAAUAAAUAAUAUAUAAAUCGUGUCUCAUGCUGUGUGUGUAGGGCACUAACUGUGGUCAUGCAACCUGGGUUCUAAGUGUGCCUUGUUUUUAUAGCCUUUUAGGGGCAUCUGAGCAUUGUGGAAAACCACAAUCGACCAUCUAGUGCUGCUCAAAGUAGUAUUGUAUGUGCUUGCUAUUUGUGUCUCUUUUUGUUUUACAUUGCAGAAUUAAGCACUGUACUUAUUAUCUCUUAAAGCUGUUCUUGUGGUUUCUUCAUUCCAAUGUGGUACAAGACUCAGGCCUGCCAUGAGUAUUUGUGUAUGGCAGUGGCUCGGUUCGAAUCAAGUACGUACCCCACUUCAUGCAAGUUGUAAAAAAAAAAAAAACAUGGAAAGCCCUCAUAGAACUUUGAAUUACAAACCUCAAAUUUGCGCGAGGCCUCCAGUCGUGUGUCGUAAUGUCUGGAGCUCUCUUGUAAAUAAAUACAUCAUAUUCAUUAUGGCAUCAUCACUACAUUUACUAUUGAUUAACACACUACAGCCGAGUAUAUUUUUAUUCGUCUUUUAUUUUCCCUUUUGUUGAGGUUUACAAAUAUGAGUGCAAAACGUAUUUAAGCCCAAGCUGGAAGAGUUGCUUUACAAAAUGCUGGCACAUAAGAAGAGAAUGGCGAAAGUGAUAUCAUACAAGCGUGACUGGUUGUCAAAAAGAGUUUUACUCAUUGGCAAUUGUUUGCAACAGAAAAUAUGCUAUUAUGGUAGGCAUGAUAUUUUAGCUAUCUGGGCUUGCUGCCAAUAGCAGCUGAAUGUUCCUUUGCAAAACUACAAGCUUGCAAUAACCAAAACUUGUGUGACUGCACUGUUAUUUGUGCCUUAAAUUUAUAGGCAGUUUAUUUUGUGUUAAUUACUGCCGUUUCUUAUUUUUUUCUCAUAAAGUUUGCAUACAGGUAAUGCCCUAAUAGUGUCUCUAAUUCAAUAGUUAAAGGUUGUUGGCUGACCUUGGGUACUCAACUUGCCCGCACUUUUUUAGGAUGGGACUUGCAAGUUGCGUAAACACUUUCUAGACAAAGGACAAGCUUUGUUCAGCAUGCCUUCUGGCGAUUGCCGGUCAUUUUCCUGAUAGUGCAGCACACUGCCGGUUAUCUGCUGUAAUGGCUUUGAUAUUUUAGAGUCACGUGCAAUGGGCUUGUUCACAGUUGUAGUUGGCACGUUUACAAUGUUAGCAGAUUGUUAGAGAAAAAAAUUAAAUGAGAAAGUGUUUGCUUAGUAGUAGUGUGGCCACUGGAUGAAAACACACGUGAUGUGCAUUUGCAUCCUCUGGCCGUGUCAGCAGUAAGCAGGGUGGACCCACUAUAGCGAUUCAGCUGUGGACCACUGCACUCGGACAUGGUAGGAUUUUCUUAUCUCGGCCGUGGUUAGCGUGUAUUGAUUGCUGCGGAAUGCAAAGCCACUAAUGCUAACAUGUUGUUACAUCUCAAAACACUGUCAGCAGUCAUAAUCAAACUGAGAACUUACUUUGCUAUUUCUCAUUAAUUUAGGACAUUGCACCUUACAAAGUAACAGAAUCAAACUAAUCUAGAGAUUACUACUGAUCAUCAUAGCUUGCAGCUUAGGUUUGUUGAAUUGUAACUGCCGCAAUAAUUAUUACUAUUCAUCCCUGCCAUGAUGCAUUCAACUACUUUUGAGAUACAACAGUAGCACAGUGCAUGUGACUUCGUUAUAUGUUUCGUAUGAGCUGAUUAAUCACUCUACAAAAAAAUGUAUGUUGCCUUGCAUAUAGAUGAGGGCAUGAAAGAAGCACAAAUUGGAAGACGUAAAAUAUCUGCUUCCUCUGCUGGUCACAAAUGAUUCUUAAAUCAUGCAGCUUUAGUGAAAAAGGUUAAUCAGCAGUUCAAAGCUUUAGUUGCAGCAAGUUGGUUGUAGAGCAGCUUUGCACAAUGUGCUCGUGUGGGCUUAAGCUGGAAAAGCGGGCUGAGGCGUAGUAUGCUGUUCUCCGGUGUAGUUGGCUGUCUGCUCCUUGGGGAACUGCACCUGAAAGAGAAAACUUCUGGCUUUAACAUUGAUCUCAGAAAGGCCGUCACUCAGUGUCGCUGUGUUUAGUUUUGCUUUCGCCACAGACCUGUGAUGCUAUCAUGAGCCCAAUUUCGUUAGAUUCAUUUGCCAGUGUGUGGAAUUUAUAAGCUAUGGAAUGGGCUCAUCCUGCCUGUUCACUGACAAGGAUUUUCCUACAUGACACUGCAUUCCUGUGAAAAGCAAGCAAUGGCGUGUCUGACGACAAAAUAGUGCCAACAACACAGAUAUGGCAUUUUGGCAAGUUAUGUGAAAAAGGCAUGAUGACUAGCUUGCUUGUAAUACGGCAAAAGUGUGCUACAACCUGCUCUCUUUCAACCUGGGCAAACACUAAAAACAGGUGAAAAAAAAAAAAGAAUAGGCCAUCUUGAAAACAGUGAAGUAUUGCGAGGAAGGAAGAUUGCCGAGGCCGUAAUAUCCACUCGUGCGAAUAAUUCAUCUCUCAAUUAUUCUGGGAAACUGGUGCAGAUGUCAUCACCGAAUGAUGUUUUUUUUUUAUUAAGUGGCAGCUUGUGUGAGGGUCUGUUUACAUUUAUGCAACAAGACGUUCGACAUCUGCAAAUGUUGGGGGAAACGAAGGUAGCUUUGCCUUAAAGCACCUUUGCACUGAGAAGUCUAAUCACUACACUCUGUUCAGCUUCUACUGUGGCUGGUAUCUAAGUCGAACAAAUCUGAAGAAACUACGUGACUGGAGGCGUAUGUACUGUGAGAUGUCAGUGCUCAUGUUAAAGAAUACCACAUAGCCAAAUUUCUGGAGCUGUCCACUUUGGCAUGCCUCACGAUCACCUCAUGGUUUUGGCAUGGAAAAUCUCAGACAUCAUUAUUAAGAAACUGCAUGAAGAAACACACCUAUCCACCCACGGGGGUAAGCAAAGCAUACGCACCGUGUGUAAGGAAUGUUAUGCAUUCAAAAUUCAAUUCUCCCUGAUGUUCUAUGAUGAUUUUCAAGUUGGCAAGUUGAGAAGUAAUUCACAAAAACAAUGCACUAAUAAGCUGACUCAUAUGAAAAAAAAAAUAAUAAAAUCUUCUGGUUGUGAUUACAAGAUGACACUGCGGACAAAAAUAUAAAAAGACAGACCACUGUGUUGUCAUAAUAUAAAGAGAAAAACUUUUUAGUAGAAAAACAGAUUUUUGUCGAUGCAUGUAUAAUCGCUCGCAUGUUACAUUUUAUAAGGAUGGGCAAUGAGAAUAAAAGAUUUGAGAC